UAGCGGAAGUGACGUCGCGUGGGGCGUGUCCGGUCCCGCACAAUGGGCCAUGGAGUUCCCGUUCGAUGUGGAUGCGCUGUUCCCGGAGCGGAUCACCGUGCUGGACCAGCACCUGCGGCCUCCGGCCCGCCGACCCGGAACCACAACGCCGGCCCGGGUGGAUCUGCAGCAGCAAAUCAUGACCAUUCUGGACGAACUGGGCAAAGCCUCUGCCAAGGCCCAGCGUCUCCCCGCGCCCAUCACCAGCGCUUCCAGGAUGCAGAGUAACCGUCACGUCGUUUAUAUACUAAAGGACACUUCAGCCCGGCCGGCAGGGAAAGGAGCCAUUCUUGGCUUCCUCAAAGUCGGAUACAAGAAGCUCUUUGUGCUGGAUGACCGUGAAGCCCACAAUGAGGUAGAACCGCUGUGCAUCCUGGACUUCUACAUCCACGAGUCAGUGCAACGGCACGGCCACGGCAGAGAGCUCUUUCAGCAUAUGUUACAGAAAGAGCGGGUUGAGCCACACCAACUGGCCAUUGACCGACCGUCGCCAAAGCUGCUGAAGUUUCUGAACAAGCACUACAACCUGGAGACCACAGUCCCACAGGUGAACAACUUCGUGAUCUUUGAAGGCUUCUUCGCCCAUCAGCACCGGCCCCCCACUCCCUCUCUGAGGGCGUCUCGACACUCUCGUGCCGCUGAGGUCGACCCCACGCCUGCUGCUCCAGCACGGAAGCUGCCGCCAAAAAGGGCAGAGGGAGACAUUAAGCCAUACUCCUCCAGUGACAGAGAAUUCCUGAAGGUGGCCGUGGAGCCUCCUUGGCCCCUCAACAGGGCCCCUCGCCGUGCCACGCCCCCAGCUCACCCACCCCCACGCUCCAGCAGCCUGGGCAACUCGCCGGACCGGGGUCCCCUCCGACCCUUUGUGCCAGAGCAGGAGCUGCUCCGUUCCCUGCGCCUCUGCCCCCCACACCCUGCCGCCCGCCUUCUGCUGGCCUCUGACCCUGGGAGCAGUCCAGCCCAGCGCAGACGCACCAGCUCCCUUCCCCGAUCCGAUGAGAGUCGAUACUGACAGCCACCCCCUCCCCUCCCCCUUCCCAAAGCCUGCAACCCACUCUUCCAUCAAGGUUUUUUCUCCCCCUUUCUUGAACAGCUGGGUUGCCAGGGUUCUAAAUAGCCUAACAUUUGUAGCUUUUCUUAACCACAGAAGACACCCCACUCUCCCAACAUGUGCUCCGAGUCCUCUCCAUAGACAGCCCAUCCGUUCCCACAACUCUGGGGCUAAAUGUCUCCUGCUGACUCCCUAGAGAGGCACUCUCUGCUUAUGUUCAGACUCCAGACCAUCAGAGCCGGUCCAAGGGCCUCCUCUGCCAGGGAAACCUUGAAGGGGUGUCCUGUCAACGGAUGAUUCCCUCCGCAGUGCCCACUGGCAGCUCUCAUCCUGCCGCCACACGAACCUGUCAUCAGUCUGCUGAUGCCAGACCGUGAGCAAACUCUGCCUCAGAGCAGUCAAGGCUGACAAGACAUGGGCUCCUUGGCUUCCCAGCAGGGUCCUCCCAGCAUCGCCAAACUCAUAACUUUUCAAGUGCCAUGUAGGUGUGUCAAAUGUUGCUUUGGGGUGUCUACAGGAGGCCCACUCAGAUAACCUGAGUCUUUCCCUUGGCAGUGGAUCCCGGCAAAGGUCCCAGGGCCACUUAUCUGUAUCCCUGAAGAAAAGUCUGGUCCAUGAGAUCCUGGAGUCCCCUCUAACCUCCCUGCCUCCCUGAGAAUAGAUUUUCCAGACUGUCUUGAGAUGACGUCAGGAUCCCCCUCCUGCUGCCCCCCUCCUUUUCCUCCACAGCCAGAACCCCCUCCCCUGCUUCCAUGCUUUCCAGGGUGUAGACAGACCCGUCCUCUCCCCGCCCUCUGAACGUGAUGGUAGAUCAGGUGCCCCACUCACUGUGUUCCCGCAAGUCCUUGGGAGCAGGACCUCCCUCUCCCCACUUCUCCCUGCUUUCCCCCUCAGUGCCGUCUCAAUAAAGUGUGGAUUCUUCUGUGUUUUCUAAA